CUCCACUAAUCGAUAUUAAGUAGUUUUAUAAUCAUCAUCAAAAAUAGUUCCACCUGAUCAGAUUAAGACCAUGAUGAACACAUCAUCAUCAUCAACUCAUGCGAGGAAGAGCAGUAAGAAGAAGAAGGAGAGAGAAGGGCAAGAGCAGGGAGGCAGUACGAGGUUCCUGGGAGUGAGGAGGAGGCCGUGGGGAAGAUACGCGGCGGAGAUAAGGGAUCCGUCGACGAAGGAGAGGCACUGGCUCGGGACCUUCGACACGGCCGAGGAAGCGGCUUUGGCUUACGACCGAGCCGCCAGGUCCAUGAGGGGCCCACGCGCCCGCACCAACUUCCUCUACUCGGAUAUGCCCCCUGGUUCCUCCGUCACCUCCAUCCUCUCCCCCGACGACCACCACCACCACCAGCCUCCACCUCCCCUCAUCUCACCUUCCACGACGAUGUUCAGCCACCAUGAUGACCAUGUCAAUAACUACAUGGCAUCAAACGACGAUUACGUGGUCAUGGAAGGGUCUUCUUCUGACUAUAACUACGAUCAUCAUAACUCGAGCUGCAGCUGCUCGUCCGAGCUGCCGCCCUUCCCCAGCGACUUGUCGACCGCACCGUCCGGUUACUGGACUGGCUCCUCCUCGUCCGAUGCUUCCUUCUUCGACGUCGACAGUCCAUUGUUCAGCACUAUGCCCUCUGUCUCCGACUCCCUGCCUGACCCGUUCCACCUCGGAUCUUCCCCCUCCUUCUUCUUCUGAGCCAACAUCUCCUUUGUUUAUCUUAAUCUCUGCAAUGUGUUUGCCUUCACUUCUUUCCCUUUGUUUUUUUUUUUCGAGUGAAGCUAGAAAGUGUUUAUGUUUCGUGCAGUCAGCGCAGUCCUUGGUCUCCUCCGACCAAAGUGACUGUUUCCGUCAAUUGUCCGUUUUCCUUUCUAAUAAAAGCCUCU